AUGGACGCUGCUAUUGAUCUUUCUGAUGCUUCUAAAGCUCUUGAUCUAGCCAAUAUCCGUUUCCAACUCAUCCGCCUCGAAGACACCAUAACCUUCCAUCUAAUCGAACGAGUCCAAUUCCCCCUCAAUCCCACAAUCUACAUUCCCGGCGCACUCCCCCUUCCAGACAGCACGCUCAGUUUCCUCGACUGGCUCCUCCGCUCCCGCGAAACCCUCGAUUCCCUGAUCCGCCGUUUCCAAUCCCCAGACGAAUAUCCCUUUUUCCCCGACGCUCUCAAAGAGCCUAUUCUCCAACCCCUUCAUUAUCCCACCAUCCUCCACCCAAAUGAUGUAAACGUCAAUACCGAGAUUAAAGACCACUACAUCAAGACAUUCCUCCCCAAAGCCUGUCUCCAAACAGGACGUUCAGACCGCGGCGAAAGAGAAGAAAAUUAUGGAUCAGCUGCUACAUGUGAUAUCAACUGUCUACAAGCAUUAUCCCGACGCAUACAUUUUGGCAAAUUUGUGGCCGAGAGCAAGUUUCAAGCUGAGGAAGAAGCAUUUACGAAAAUGAUACAAGCGGGCGAUCGCGAAGGAUUAGGCCGCGCUAUCACGAAUGAGAAGGUUGAGUUGCAGGUUUUGGAGAGAUUGAGAUUGAAGGCUAGAACUUAUGGAACCGAUCCGAGUUUGAAUAAUGGGAAAGGAAAUGGAGAAGAACCGCAGGGCAAGAUUAAUGUAGAGGCGGUAGAGGGAUUGUAUAGGGAUUUUGUGAUUCCAUUGACUAAGGUUGUGGAAGUGGAGUAUUUGAUGCAAAGGUUAGAGAAGGAUUAA